AUGGGAUUAUUGGCUACACAUAAGUGUUUAGAUGAUGUUCAGUCAUAUAUCCUCGUUGAAAGAUCUUUGGAGAAGUACAAUGUUGUUGUUGACUCUAUAGUUCAAGACUUUCCUCACGUGGUAUUGCUUCAAUACUACAUUGAACGACAGUGCCUGCUGAAAUGUACGAGGAGGAUUCUCAUGCAUGCUUUAUCUCUAGGAAAUGGCUCUCAGAGAGAUGUCGAUAUACGGAAGGAGGCACUAAACCUCAUUUCUGAUGGCUUAGAAGGAAAACUAUUGUCUGUUCUCCAAGAGCUUCUAUCUUCUAGUCACCCUGACUAA